AUGUCACUUGACUUAGAAUUGUCAUUGGUUGUGCAAAAGUACCAUUGGGUUGCAAUGGACACAGAGUUUCCUGGUGUAGUGGCUCGACCAAUUGGAGAAUUCAGAUCGACUGCUGACUAUCAGUAUCAAUUACUCAGAUGUAACGUGGAUUUGUUGAGAAUAAUACAAUUGGGUCUCACAUUUAUGGAUGAAAAUGGAAAAACCCCACCAGGAUACACCACAUGGCAAUUUAAUUUCAAAUUUAAUUUACAAGAGGACAUGUACGCACAAGACUCUAUUGAUUUAUUACAAAAUUCUGGAUUACAAUUUAGAAAGCAUGAAGAAGAUGGUAUUGAACCUUUGGAAUUUGCUGAACUCCUAAUGUCAUCAGGAUUAGUACUUAUGGAUAACAUAAAAUGGCUAAGUUUCCACUCAGGUUACGACUUUGGAUACCUCCUUAAAUUAUUGACAGAUCAAAAUUUACCACAGGAUGAAAAUGACUUUUUUGAAAGCCUAAGGUUAUAUUUUCCAACGGUUUACGACGUAAAGUAUUUAAUGAAGCUUUGUAAAAACCUGAAAGGCGGUCUCCAAGAAGUAGCUGAUCAGCUAGAAUUACGAAGAGUCGGACCUCAACAUCAAGCAGGUUCAGAUUCACAUCUCACUGGGAUGGCAUUUUUUAAAAUCAAAGAGGUAUUUUUCGAUGGUAAUAUUGAGAGUUCAAGUGGUCAUCUGUAUGGCUUAGGUGCCCCCUUUUCAGUGAAUACAAAUAACUUUCAAGACAAUGGUGAGAAUGGAAAUUCCUCCUGAUCCGAAAAGUCUAUUUGUGUGAAUAAUCUUACGCAAAAACCACAAAUAUUUCAUCUCUCUGAGUAAAGGACAAUGUUGGGGAGCAAAUAAUGGACAGUUUGACGUUUAAUAGAGACAGGCACUGUACUUCAUAUCCGCACAUAAUUAUUAGAACUUUAUCAAUGAUUUUAUGCUUAUCAUUUUAUUAAUCUUAAUUUUUUUUUUGUAUGACAUUUACUAACAUAUUUUGAAAAUAAUAAAUUAUCAUUACUUUAACUUAAAAGUCAAAUAGAUCCUUUUCUUUUACAAUGCAGUUAUUAUAUUGAUUAUGUAUAGAAUACUGUAACAAACAUUUUUAUAGCUUAAAUGAUUGUAAUAAAAUUGUGUAAUUUAUAUUGCUAUUAAGAAAAUCAAUUUAUUUUACAUUUUAUUUGUGAUACAAUAGUUUGAUGUCUUUUAUUUUGUACCAUUGGACAGAAAUGUAAUUAGUAUAUUUAAUUAAGGUAUACAUAUUUUACUCUCAUAAUAGAUACUUUUUAAAAAAAAUAGGAUCUUUUUAAUCAGUACCUUCUCGGACAUAGUUAUGUAACAGUUAGAAAAAUAAAAUAAAAUAAAUCUUAAAUUUGCUCACA